AUGGGGUACGAAAAGCUCGGACAUUCCAAACCAAGUGGUUCGGUCACCACCGCCACUGCUCCGUCUCCGAACCUCCACCAUGUGUCCACGCCAGCACAACCGGAGAAUACCAACCGGAGAAGAAAGAAGCUUCUAGUAUCGUCAAUCAUUGUAGCUUUCGCACUAAUCCUCGCCGCGGCGAUCUUCGCCGGAAUUCGAACACAAGUCAAAUCGAACCAACACGUCCCAGGCCUAGCUCGUAAACCAAGUCAAGCAAUCUCAAAAGCCUGCGAGUUGACUCGUUUCCCCGAGUUAUGCGUUGACUCACUCAUGGAUUUCCCCGGCUCGCUCGCCGCUUCCUCCGCCAAAGAUCUGAUCCACGUGACGGUGAACAUGACGCUCCACCACUUCAGCCAAGCUCUCUACUCCUCCUCCUCCAUCAACUUCCUCGACAUGCCGCCACGUGUCCGCUCCGCCUACGACUCAUGCAUCGAGCUGCUAGACGAUUCCGUCGACGCUCUCUCACGCGCUCUCUCCUCCGUCGUAUCCGUCUCCGCCGGCCAAACGAAACCUCAGGACGUGAUGACGUGGCUGAGCGCUGCUCUGACGAAUCAUGACACGUGCGCCGAGGGGUUCGACAGCGUCAACGACGGCGGAGUGAAGGAUCAGAUGACGGCGGCGCUGAAGAACCUCUCGGAGCUCGUCAGCAACUGUUUAGCGAUCUUCGCGGCGAGCGGUAACAGCGGCGGAAACGAUUUCGCCGGAAUUCCGAUACAGAACAGGAGGCUGCUGGAAGUAGAAGAAGGAGACGAGAAAUUCCCGAGAUGGAUGAGGAAGAGAAGAGAGCGCGAGUUAUUGGAAAUGCCGGUGUCUCAGAUACAAGCUGACAUCAUCGUCUCGAAAGACGGCAACGGCACGUGCAAAACUAUAUCGGAAGCUAUCAAGAAAGCUCCUCAGAACAGUACUCGCCGGACGAUUAUCUACGUCAAGGCCGGAAGGUACGAAGAGAACAACCUCAAGGUCGGUAGAAAAAAAAUUAAUUUGAUGUUCGUUGGCGAUGGGAAGGGUAAAACUGUCAUUUCUGGAGGGAAAAGCAUAUUUGACAACAUUACCACUUUCCACACGGCGACGUUUGCUGCAACCGGAGCUGGAUUUAUCGCGAGGGACAUCACAUUCCAAAAUUGGGCCGGUCCAGAGAAGCACCAAGCCGUCGCUCUCCGUGUCGGAGCUGACCACGCGGUGAUCUACCGAUGCAACAUAAUCGGUUACCAGGACACACUCUACGUCCACUCAAACCGUCAAUUCUUUCGUGAAUGCGACAUCUACGGUACGGUCGAUUUUAUCUUCGGUAACGCAGCCGUGGUGCUACAAAACUGUAGCAUCUACGCACGCAAACCCAUGGAUCUUCAGAAAAACACAAUCACAGCUCAAAACAGGAAAGACCCUAACCAAAACACAGGAAUAUCAAUACAUGCGUCUAGGGUUCUUGCGACACCCGAUCUCCAAGCGACGAACGGUACUGUCCAGACGUAUCUAGGCCGACCAUGGAAACUAUACUCUAGGGCGGUUUAUAUGUUAUCGUAUAUCGGUAGUCAUGUACACACGAGAGGUUGGCUCGAGUGGAACACAACAUUUGCGUUAGAUACGUUGUAUUACGGAGAGUAUUUGAACACUGGACCCGGGUCGGUUCUUGCGCAACGUGUGAAUUGGCCGGGGUAUCGGGUCAUCAAUUCGACGGACGAGGCAAACCGGUUUACGGUGGCGGAAUUUAUUUACGGUUCGUCGUGGUUGCCUUCGACCGGGGUUUCGUUCUUGGCUGGAUUAAACCUUUAG